UCGCCCGUCAAACUUCCUGGGUUUGUCCUGCACGGCUCUCCAGCGCCCCUCUGCGCCGCUCGCCUCCUCGCCUCUGACCGGCGGCCAUUCUCAACCCGACAAGGAAACCGCAGGGGAAUCGUUGCUCAACUUCAAAUGCCACACCGUCAACAACAGCGGCUCGCCGGCCAGUCAGCUCAGCAAGAACUCAGUGGCGGUCGCCUCAAUCCAUUUACCGCUGGCUGGUCCGCCUCUCUCCUCCUCUGCGCUGCAAUCUGUUGAUAACUCCACUUGCAGGCUGCAGUUUGUCGUCUUUCGCAAUGGGAAACUCUUUCCUUGCACGGGGAAUUCGUCGAACCUGGCGGACGAUGGGAAGCGCAGGAGCGUCUCGACACCAGUUGCUUUCACCAAAUUAGAUGGGUGCAGCCUCGGGAGCGCUGUGCACUCCGUCACUAUCGCUCUCAGGCACUUCGCGCUGGGUGUAGACCCGACCGCAGCCUAUUGGGAUUUUGACCUGCUGGAUGGACACGGCGGCUGGAGGGCAGAGGGCUGCCACAUAACGGGCUCCGGGGGCAACACGACCAUCAUUCAUUGCACCCACCACAAUAACUUUGCUGUGCUAAUGGAUCUGAAGAAGGUGCUGUCUUUCCCCCCAUACCCUGGGGAGUUCUUGCACCCGGUCGUGUAUGCCUGCACGGCGGUCAUGUUGCUCUGCCUCUUCGCCUCCAUCAUCACUUACAUCGUGCACCACAGCGCAAUCCGCAUCAGUCGGAAGGGAUGGCAUAUGCUCCUCAACUUCUGCUUCCACACGGCGCUGACCUUCGCCGUGUUUGCCGGUGGCAUCAAUCGAAUCAAAUACCCCAUCAUCUGUCAAGCAGUUGGACUCGUGCUGCACUACUCCUCGCUGUCGACCAUGCUGUGGCUCGGGGUGACGGCCAGGAACAUUUACAAGCAGGUGACCAAGAAACCUCCGCAGAGUCAAGACGGCGACCCGCCUCCACCCCCGAAGCAGCCCCUGUUGAGGUUUUAUUUAGUCAGUGGCGGAGUGCCCCUCAUCAUCUGCGGGGUCACGGCAGCCGUCAAUAUAGACAACUAUGGGAGCGGGGAGCAAGCGCCAUACUGCUGGAUGGCCUGGGAGCCCAGCCUGGGAGCCUUCUUUGGCCCCGUGGCCUUCAUCAUCCUUGUGACAUGCAUCUACUUCCUCUGCACUUUCAUCCAGCUGCGGCGCCACCCUGAAAAGAAGUACGAGCUCAAGCAGUUGACAGAGGAGCAGCAGAGACUGGCGGCUGUGGAUGUGCCGACCCAUUGCCACCAGGGUGCCGAGCCCGGAGCCCCUCCGAGUGGGAGCCAGUGCCCUGCCGGCUGCCCAGGCGUCCCCAUCAAUCCGGCGCUGCUGGCCAACGAGCACUCCUUCAGAGCUCAGCUGCGAACAGCGGCCUUCACGCUUUUCCUGUUCCUGGCCACGUGGACUUUUGGGGCACUGGCUGUGUCACAAGGCCACUUUCUUGACAUGAUCUUCAGCUGCCUUUACGGUGCCUUCUCCGUUACUCUCGGCCUCUUCAUCCUCAUUCAUCACUGCGCCAAGCGGGAUGAUGUCUGGCAUUGCUGGUGUUCCUGCUGCCCGGGACGAAACGCCAACGCCUGCUCGGGCGCUCAUGGGCCGGCACAAGCUCGACCCAAGGUCAAUGUGAAUGGAGACACACCUGGACAUGGCCACGGUCACAGCCACUGCCAUCAUGACUCACCAUGUCAGGGUAAGACACUGAUCAGCUGCAGUCACGGCAGUUUAUGUCACUGUAAACACGCCGCCCUCCCAUCCUCGCAAAACCACAUUACUUGUCUGGCGCCGGUGACGCCGUGCUGCGCCGCCUUGCACAGCCAGCAGCUGAUGGAGGAGGAGCCCACAGCGACACACGUGUUGCUACACGCCGACCCUGAGGGAUACCGACCGGGGAUCCAGCUGCACCCCUGCCUCAAGAGCAGCACGAGGACUAAAGGCCGUCAGCUGGGCCGCAGGACUGGGGCGGGCGGUUGCGGAACGGGGAACGAAAGGGAAUAUGCCUAUCACAUCCCCUCCAGCGCGGACGGAGGCAGCGUGCACAGCUCACACACUGACAGCCCUCACAGCACACAUGAGCGCCACGCUCACAUCUGCCCACACCUGGCCCACGAAUGCCAACACGACGGACAUCACGCCUGCCACGAGGGGCAUCAUGCGUGUCACGCCGCCACGCACGAGUCCCUGGCAUGCCAUAACCCCUGCCACCGGCAUAUUUGCUGUGCCAAAGCAGAACUUUUCCCUUCCUUGUGCCCAGCAGAGGCUGGAGACACGGGCGUCUUCUUGUGCGGCUGCAGCAAGGUGGCCGAGGAGGACCCCAUGGCCACACAUCACCACCUGGAGAUGCAUGCACAGCGCAGACAAUCCUACCCCCAGAACCCUCCUAAUCAGAAUGGGAUUUUGAAGGGGGGGCUGCAUGAAGGACUCCUGUACACCUCAGACAGCACAGGGAAUAUACGCACCGGACCCUGGAAGAAUGAAACUACUGUGUAGUGCGGGCAGGU